GUGCCCAAAAAAAAAAGAGAAAAACUGAAAACAAAAGGGAAAAAGAAAAAAAAGAAACAGAGCAUCAUCGUUUCUCUACCCUUCCAAACCCCCCUCUGUUUCAUAGGUGGUUCGCCGCAGAUCUCGAUCCUCAUCCUCCGCCGUCGCCGCCUUCAAUUAAAACUCCGACCACCGCUCUAUACAUCUCCAAUCGUCAAUUGCCUAUCCCCUUGUAUCAUCUCGGUGGUUCAAAGCCCUAAUUCAAUUCGAUGGACCGGAGCUCGAGAUUCCAGAACCCCGUGCCUCUGAGCAGCGGGGGUUUCAGCAAGCCUCCGCCAAUCCAGAGCGACGGCGCAGGGAUGAAGCCGCUUCCGCCGCUGCUUCUCGAUAGGUUCAGGGCCAUAGUGAAGGAGCGGGAGGAUGAGCUUAGGGUUUUUGGUGGCGCUGCUGGUUUGGCGUUGGGAACUGACGAAAUUGUUCGGAUUUAUGAGAUUGUUUUGUCGGAGCUCACUAUCAAUUCGAAGCCUAUCAUCACUGAUCUCACUAUAAUUGCUGGAGAGCAGCGGGUGCACGGCGAGGGCAUUGCUGGUGCCAUUUGUUCCCGGAUUAUUGAGGCUUCUGUCGAACAUAAACUGCCUUCUUUGUACCUUUUGGAUAGCAUUGUGAAGAACAUAGGCAAGGAAUACAUUAGAUUCUUUUCUGCUCGCUUGCCUGAGGUUUUCUGUGAGGCUUACACACAAGUCCACCCCAAUAUGCACCAAGCAAUGCGCCAUCUUUUUGGUACAUGGUCAACAGUAUUCCCACUGUCAGUGCUUCAAAAGAUUGAGACACAUUUGCAUUUUUCUCCUCCUGUGAAUGGCCAGUCUUCUGGAUUGAGCUCUUCAAGAGCUUCUGAAUCUCCUCGACCUACACAUGGGAUACACAUAAACCCAAAGUAUUUGGAAGCACAACGUCAGUUUGGACAAUCAUCAGUAGAUCCUUUUGGAACUGAAGGAGUGAGCUCAACUGGUCGUGCAGGCCUUACAACUUCUGGUUUAGAUGCUGUGAAAAAGUCUAUUCCAUCAGCUUCUAGGAUAACAAGGUCCUCCCCUCCUUAUGGACUUGGGCCUGGGGGAUCAUUGUCACCUGCUGGUCCUUCACUUGAGGAGUUUGGUAUGGAUAGUUCCACAAAGAGACUCGCCGUUAGGCAGUCACCAUCUCAUCCUGGAACUGAUUAUGGGCCAAGCAAAGUGAUGAACAGAGAGGAGGAGCCGAGUGAGUGGCGGAAAAGAACUUUGCAGGGAAAUCUCAAACCACAGCAUAAAGCAGCAGCAGCAACAGCAGCUUCAGUGUACAAAUAUGGUGGUGGUAUUGAUCUUAGAGGACCGAGAGCAUUGAUUAGUGCCUAUGGGAUGGAUGAACGUGAAAAAAACAAUAAACAUCAUAAAGCAGAUGAGUUGGAUUCAAAUGGUGCUGAGCAAAAGAUAGGUAUCAGGACAUGGCAAAACACUGAAGAGGAGGAAUUUGAUUGGGAAGACAUGACUCCAUCUUUAGCAGAUCGGAAGCAGUCUAGUGAUACUUAUUCAUCUCUUCCACCUCUAGGUAACUUGACUGGAAGACAGAGCAUUGUUGCAAACCAUGCUCCACUUUUGUCUACUCGUGGAUCUGUAAACAAUGUUGCUGGCGCCAGUGAUUUGACAAGCCAUAUUCCUCCUAAUUUUGGCCGAGAAUCUCUGAUUUUGCCGCCACAGCAGUCUCAGAACCAAUUUAAUGCCAAAGGAGGCGGUUCUCUAGCUGAAAGUAGAGGCUUUUUAACUGGUGGUGAGCAAAGGAGCCAAGUUGGAAAUUUCUCAAAUAUUGAUUGGAAGUCUGGUGGGCCUGCUGGUGUUGUUUCCACAUUUAGUUCCACCUACGACUCACUGGCUCCCGAAAUCCAAUCAGGUGAUGUUGCUGUAAGAAAAACAUGGAAUCCUGCAAAUUUUCAAAACUCACAGGUUUUGCCAUCACACUCGAGUCUUCCUCAGCAAAUGCAGUUUAGAGGCCAAUUUGGUAUGCAGAAUGGUUCCAUUAUUACCGACCAAGUUCAUUCUGAGCCUGGUAGCAGUAGAAGCAUGCCACAGUUGAACUUGCCCCAAAUUUCUAGUAUUCGUCCAGGAAUGGUUCCUGUGAAUUUGCAUGGUGCAGCACCGCCAAACUUUUCAAUGGUUCGAGAGUCCCGGCAAAAUAUACACUUGCCUUAUUCAGUGCCCAGUUCAUCAAAUACAAUGGUACCACCUUUAAACUAUGGAUACUUAGCUCAUGGGCAGGGUCCUGCUGCCACUACUCCACAUAAUUUAGUUCCGGGCAUGCAAUCCUCCUUGCCUAUCCUAAAUGGCCGAAAUAUGCCAUUUCAAGUACCCAUGGCAACUUUACAGCCUCCACCGAGGGGUCCUCAUCCAGGAAAUACCCAGGCAUAUCCUAUUGGUCAAAAUAAUGGGCAAGUUGCUCCUAAUGCCUCUGUAGGGAAUGGACUUUCAGGGUUAAUUUCUUCUUUAAUGGUCCAAGGUUUAAUAUCUUUACCAAAGCAGGAUUCUGUCGGAGUGGAGUUCGAUCAAGACAGUCUUAAGGUUCGUCAUGAAAGUGCAAUUACGGCUUUAUAUGCUGAUCUUCCAAGGCAAUGCAGAACAUGUGGCCAUCGAUUUAAAGACCAAGAAGAGCACAGCAAGCAUAUGGAUUGGCAUGUAAACAAGAAUCGAACUCUAAAAAACCGCAAGACAAAACCUUCUCCAAAGUGGUUUGUGAGUGUUAACAUGUGGCUCAGUGGCACAGAAGCCUUGGGAACCGAAUCAGCUCCAGGUUUCUUGCCCGUUGAGAAUACUGUGGAAACAGAGGAGGAUGAAGAAUUGUCUGUUCCUGCUGAUGAUAGCCAGAAGGCUUGCGCAUUAUGUGGGGAGCCCUUUGAAGAUUACUAUAGUGACGAGAUGGAAGAAUGGAUGUAUAGAGGAGCCGUAUACAUGCAUGCACCAGGUGGAUUAACAGUUGGAAUGGACACAUCGCAGUUAGGUCCUAUAGUGCAUGCUAAAUGUAGAUCUGACUCACAUGGGGUUUCAUCGGAAGACUAUAAGAAGGAUGAAAUGGAAUCAACCGAAGAAGGCAGUAAAAGGAAAAAACCACGGUGUUAACAUUCCUGAGACUGGCUUGCAGGUCACAUGUAACCCGCUUGUUUAAUUUAUUUUAUUUUUCUAUAGCAUCUUGUAGCCUACCAGAAAAUGUGUACAUGAGUAGUGGACCUGUUUUAUCGGUCUUGUGGAAAAGAAAACAAAAUUGAGCAGAUUCACACCGCGUCCUAUUCUUCCCUCUCUUUUUUUAGCAUUCUUUACUAGCUUUUUCCAUGAAGAGUUGGUACUUCAAUUUGUGUUGAAGCCAUUGUUUAAAAAUAAUGAUAUGGUAGGGCGAGGCGGGUUGUUUGUUCGAUGUUUGAGUGCAGGACAGUAGGGUAGGCAUGGGGUGUAUACUUGCUCUUAUUUUGCAGGAGGUUCGGUUCGCCUGUACGAGGAAGCUUGUAUCGUUGUAUCUGAAGGAACACUGAUAGGGUUAAAGAAAAGAGCAGUUUCUGCUGCAUCUGGAGUUGUGGUUUUUUUUAACAGUUACAGUAUUGCUAAAUUUGGAUGUAAUUUGUAGUUAGCUACAGCAAUGUUUUCUUCUUCUCUUACUCCAGUCUCCUUUGUGGGAAUUUUUCAUUUUAAGUGAGACAUGUUUUAUUCUGUAAUGGCAAAAAUGUGAAUUUUCAUUGCUUUUAA